AUGAUUCGCGUCCACACAGCCAAUGACGCCCGCAUCCUGCCGAGGACACCAACCUCGCCCCACCAUCCGCGUGUAAUCCUCACCCUGGCGCCACGCUCGCUCAAUGGAAGGCGCACCCGCAUCUCGCCAUCACUGCCAUCCUCACCCCAGAGCCCGCAAUCCCCUCCAUCCGCGUGCAAUCCUCAGCCCCGCGCCUCGCUCGGUCAUGGAAGGCGUGCCCGCAUCCCACAAUCCCCGCCAUCCUCACCCAAGCCUGCAAUCCCCGUGACCCAUGAAGCGCAUGCACCGAUCGGUCCUCGCCUCGUCUUGCCGUCGGCGCCGUGUUGCGGAUUGUGGCAUAGCAGGGCUGGUGGUGACGCCUACCGGGGCACGUCGGUGGUGCCCAAUAUGGAAAACCCCAAGCUGGUGUCCGUGCUCACCGGAGCAAUCUUCGCGCAGUCGGAGCUCUACCACCGUCGCCCCAUCGAGCCCUUGUGCCUCCGUCGUUGCUUCGCGACGCCAGCGCUUCUGCUCGAGAUUGAUGGUUUGUAUCUUACUGCUAACUGUCCUCCUCAGAGUGUUGUUGUCUGUAAGAUGAGAAGUGUUUUGGACUCUGGAUAUUACACUGAUCUACUAGUGAAUGUUGUUGAGGAAUCUCAACCGAGCCGUGGCGAGCUCGAAAGCCAUCAUGGACGUGCAACAGCCAAGAGUACUCAGGGUAGAAGCAAAAAUUUUAGAGACGAGGAGGAUAUUUUGCUUGUGUCCGCUUGGCUGAAUGUGGGCAUGGAUCCUAUUCAAGGAGUUGAUCAAAGUCAUGGAACACUUUGGACAAGGAUACAUGAGUAUUUCAAUGAUAACAAGACGUUCGAGUCGAAUCGUUCUGAAGGAUCUUUGAUGAAUCGUUGGUCCGUUAUACAACAUGAUGUCAAUGUUUUUUGUGGUUGUCUGUCCAGGAUUGAGGCUCGAAACCAUAGUGGUUGGUCAGUUGAUGACAAGAUUGCAAAUGCUUGUGCAAUGUUCAAGGCCGAAGACCCGAAGGAGAGGAAGUUCUCAUACUUGCAUUGCUGGAAGAUUCUGAAGGACAAGCCCAAGUGGAUGGAUAGGCGCAAAGAAAUUGGCAAUGCAAAGAAGACAAGUUGUAAGAAACAGAAGACAUUGGCUACUUCUCCUACACCAUUUGCCGCUCCAGAUGGCCCUAUUGCUGUUAUAAAUCAGGAUGGUGAACAAGCAGCAAAACCUGAGGGUAAGAAGAAAGAGAAACAGAAGCUACGACAACGUUCGACCAUAGAAGCAGUGGACUAUUUAAUGGAAAAGAAGAAAGAAGCUGAUCACGAUAAAGAGUUGAAGAAAGAAGUGAGGUGCAACAAAGCCUUUGCUCUCCAGGAGGAAAGGAUCAAAUUAGAGAAAGAAAAGUUUGAGUUCCAAAGACAAAUGGAAGAGGAGAGAAUUCUUGGUUUGGAUUUGAGCACCAUGAACUACAAACAACAACAAUAUUAUGAAAGGCGUCAGAAUGAGAUUCUUGGCAGAUGCUUUAAUAUAUAG